AUGACUAAGGAUGCGAAACUGUUUAAUGUUGAUGUGCACAUGUCCACGUCGUUUGAUACAAACCUUCCGCAGACGUUGAGAGACGUGGCGGGCCACCACCUGACGGAAAGCCCGUACUACGGCGUCAAGAGAUACUGGGACCUUUCUGACCGGGAAUGGAGGGGAAGCCGCCAAUACCUCGUUUCAACUUGGCCCUGGCUUCUGCUGCACUCCGUCAUCGGUCGAGCACUCUCUCACGUGGUGCCUUCGGUGGUUCCAGUAUACCAUGCCGCUUACUCUCUGCUUUUCGUGUCCCUCACACUCGGCUGGCACAGCGCCGCGUUCUUCGUCUUCGAACACGCAGUCUUCUUUGCGCUCACCUGGACCGGCGUCCCCUCGCUGUGCUACGUGGCGGCCAUAGUGAUGGUGGCACACUACGACGUGUUCAAGUACGACUUCUUCCAGAUUGUGCUGGAGACGCACGGAGAUCACGAAUACUACGUCACCGCUGUGUCCUUCUACUGGACGGUGCUCCGAUGCUGCAGCUUCUGUCUGGACACCAUCCGACACACUACAGAUGGUGGCGCCCCCGCCAGAGGAAAGCGUAACCACGAGGCCACCUAUUUCAAGACGCUGGCGUACGCGGUGUACUUGCCCACGCUCUUCCUCGGGCCCGUGCAGAACUACAGUGACUUCGCUUCUUCGAUGGAGAAGCCAAAGCCGGCGCUCACAGUUCGUGAGAUCGCGACGCUCACCGCCGGCCUCCUGCGAUCUGGCGUCCACUUUCUUCUCAUGGACUUGUUGUGUCACUACUUUUACAGCGCCGCACUGAUUAAGGCGCCUUCCCUGGUCUCAGAACUGGACGUGACGAGCCUGGUGGGAUUGGGCGCCAUACUGAACGUGAUGUUCUACAUGAAGUAUCGCAUACAGUACGGCGUCUCAGGCGGCUGUGCCAGGAUCGAAGGCCACACCCUUCCAGCGCCUCCAAAAUGCAUCGCGAGGGGGCACCUUUGUUCGCAUUUCUGGAGGUAUUUUGACCAUGGCCUCCACCUGUGGAUCAAAAAGUACGUGUACACACCCAUAGUGGGCCCCGAAAAGAAAACACAGUGGCGGGUUCUUGGCGUCGCUGCGGCCUUCACGUGCGUCUGGGUCUGGCACUCGAUGACCACGGCGGUCACCUUCUGGGCGACGCUCAGCUUCACCGGCAUCGCGCUAGAAGUGGUCAUGGCUCACAUCAAGAGGCUCGACUGCGCCAAGAGCUUCGAAGCAAAGUACCUGAGCCCUGAAAGAACAAGGAUCGUGAAGGCCAUACUGGGGUCUCCACACUACCUGCUGACCAUCACGGCGUGCAUGUUUUAUCUGGUCGACAUGGAGAUUACGACUAUUUUCUUUAAGAGAGUCAUUCUCGGGUUUCCGGUGCCUCUAGUUCCGGUGCUGGUGUCCCUGUACUUCGGAGCCUACACUUCUCAAGACGUGAUGCAGCGUGAGGCCGAAGCAGCUGCUGCGAAAGUUAAGGAGCCGCACGUCGUUGCGGAAGCAAGGAGAAGCGGCCCCUCAGCAGCAGACGUGGCCAGCGGCUACGCAGAAGCCAACGCAGUGAAACUACAAUUCGCGGAACUGCCUUGAACGGUGCUUAACAGGACGCUUAGGACCGACAAAUAAUGGUUUCCUUCGGAUUAUAGGCAUUGCAUCCUAAGAAAAAGUGUCAGCUCCCCUGCGUCUUCUCCGGACUGUAAUAAAGUUCACUUGUCAUCAUCAUC